UUAUGGCUAAAACAUAUUCGACCCACUCUCUGCCAACACAAAUUACAUUUUAGCUACAUGUGUACCUUUAUUUUAACCCUCGCUACUUACAGAUUAUAGACAGUGAUCGGAAAGUAAUAUGCCACGGCUACAUAUCAUCCCUAGAAAGCAAGAUUAUGACAAACGCCUUGUCGAGUUGUACAGUCGUAAGAAGUUUGUGGCCGAAUCAAUGACCUCGGUUUAUGCCAGUCACACAACGGUUUCACCCAACGGGUUAAUGAACACCGAUUCCGUGAGUGGAAUCGAGGAUCGACACCUUACAGCCACUCCCGAUUUGCCGAGCCUCUUGGAACGCAGUUCCAUGUCCCAGAACAAGGAUCUCUAUAAUCUCUCCCUUCAGCUGUUGGACCAAGAUGGCUAUGAAAGCGACUGCUCGGGGGAAGUCAGGAGGACUUGUCAUCAGGCCAAUGACCAGGAAUCGGUCCAUCAGAUUGCCCAAAAAAACGCACGGGCCUAUAUCCGUAAUCAAAUGGAAAGGAUCACAUCUGAAAAAAUCGAUGAGGGGCUGGGUGUUAAUUGCAGGGAAAGAAGUCCCUCAGUGCCUAUUAUGAGAGAAUCACGGAAAAAAGAUAUUGUCAAGACCAAGUCCAAGAAAAAGAAGAAGGAGUGUGCCGGAAAAGUAGUCGCACCACUCAACUUCAAGCCUUUUCGUCAGUUGAGUCGUAAGAUUCCACAAAGCAAUGCGUCACUCUGUGCAGAACCAGUCAUUACAGUCACAAAACAGCCCCAAAUCCAGGAAACACUCCAAAAAACGGUGGAUAACACUCAUAAGGCAGAAGUUCAUCCACAUUUAGUAGAACCCGCGGAGGAUCCAUUCAUGUAUUCCGAAAACCCCAAGAAAACCCUUAGGGCAAUCCUCGAAAAAGCAGAGCGUAGUACAACUAGGAAACAAAUGAUAAGUGCAGAGGACAAACCCAAUAUUUUGACCAGAAAGAAUAGAAAGGAAACUCUUGAAAACGUAAACGUUAGGGAAAUUUUAAAAGCCUGGGCCUUAGAGCAGAUACAAUUUGUACUGAAAUUAAUUGAUGACAACCAUAUUUAUAGCUUGCUAUUCCUAUUGGCUACCAUAGUUUACUUGGCCUAUAUCCUGUGCUACGAUGUAAGUGAGUAUUUGAACGAGGAACGGAGGUAUCUGGCCAAGAUUCAAAGCUCGGGACUGCCGAUGAAGUGUUUUUACUACCUGAUGCGACUAUUAAGAGCCCCCAUAUUCUGAUGGGCAAGAGAAAUUGUAGUUUUAAUCAAACAUUUUGCAUUUCAAUAAUAAAACGGCACACGCGGUUAUUCAGUUCUA